CAGCUAUAAUUCAAAAUUCGUCCCAACUUUCGUGAGUUUAAAAUCUGAUUAGGAAGGAGUGCUGGGACACACUCCGGAUCUUCGCAUAAUGCCGCCUCAGGCGCGGAUGGACCUCAUAAACAUUGAAAUACACACACCCAAUUAGUCACUUCUCCUGCGUAUGCGAGCAGGUCAACAUCUGAAGAAAGAAUGCGAUACUCUAAAGACAUUCCUCUUAAGCAUUAGGGUAAGUACAUUGACUUCAAACGGUGCUGCCCGGACUGCAGAGUUCAUGUUGCAAAGUUGGUGUCUACGGAAGUCGUACAAGGUGGUGGACGUUACACCUAGGGCCUUUGGGUAACGAAAAGCUAUUUAGCUUCAUUGAAGGCAACGGUCCCCUGUUUGUCGCACUGUAAAUAUUCGUGGCGACUUUUUAAAAAUAUUAAAUUAUAUUGUUAUUUUGUAAUUGACCUUCCAAGGACUUCGGAAGACACAUCGUCAUUGUGAGGCCGCGCACAUAGCGCUCGGUGGCGGCCGGCUCGCGCUACAAAAUGUUAUCAAUUUACCAAAACGUGAAAAGGUGCCUUUAACAAGGUGUUUGAACUUUAAGAAAACGUUCGACUUUCAAACGAAUAGGAUUUACGGGUGCGCCAGACUCCAUUGGUUUAUUGACUAAAGGUUAAUCAGACUGAAUGUAUAACAUCGUACACCGUGAGUUGGAGAUUGUGUGACCUGCGUCUUGCGAAAAGGGAUCUUAUAACUUAAUUGGUCAGCGUAGCUACAGACUAUCCCAAUCCGGUCGGCGGCGUUGUUGCAAACCCCAGAAGGUUGAUUAUAGUGUUGUACGACUUAACUUGCGUGCUGUGACUGCCUUUGAAUUGCACAUCCGCAUUACAAUCACACAACUUUACAAAGAAACUCUCGUUAAAUACCCAAGGCCCGCACUUGAACUUGAAUAACAAGGCAAUAGGGAAUUGAUUGAUUGAUUGAUUGAUUUCUGUAUGGAAUACACAUACAUGGACAUUUAAAACAGCUUGUAUAAUACAGAAUAGUAGAACACAUGAGAAUAAAUAAACCAUGACACGCACACCAAACACCAAGGAUAGCACAAAAAGAGCGGCUUUUAUUUCCAUUGUGGUCCUUUGUGCUGGUGGCAUGACAUAGAGAGCUUUUAACUAACAAAAAGUAGUUUUUAAACAUUGACCUUGUAACACAUCGGUCUUUUGACGUCAUCCCGUAUAUGUAUUUAUUUUCAUUCUAUUUGUUACGCCAAUUACAACAUUAAUAUUUCAUUUGAUUUGAAAAUGCAGCUUUUCAGCUAUGGCAGAGGCAAAAGAGGAAUUGGCGAGACCGGAAGCCUCUGGUAUUGGUUGGCGAUCGCGGGAAUCGCCGUACAAUUUCCCUCGGUGAAGUGCAUAUCAACGGAAAAGUUUGCGGAAAUGUUUGGAGGACCUUCAAAACAAUCUGAUGUUAUUAUCCUGGACACCAGACCGGAAGAAGAAUACAAAGUGAGUCACAUCCCCGGCGCUAUCCAUGUGGACUUUGAGGGCGACGCUUUUCAGAUUAUCGAGUCCGUCCCGCAGCUCAAGACACCGGACCAGGUUGACACAGUGGUGUGCUAUUGCUUUAUUGGAUAUCGCUCAUCUGUGGUGGCUGAAAAACUAGUCAAGGUCUUCUCAAAAACAGACACCUCUGGCCCUGUCAGACCCACGGUUGUGAAUCUCGAAGGGAGUCUGUUCAAGUGGGCCAAUGAGCGACGCCCACUGGUGGAUGCCGAAAACCAGCCGACAAUCUACGCGCAUCCGUAUAAUGCCGUUUUUGGAAAGUUGCUGGACAAAGACCUGCGCAGAUAUGGAAAGCUCUGAAAAUAGCAUCAAUUAUCUUUGUGUGUUGUAGGUGUUCGUAGAAGCCAAACAUGGUACUAAUGUUGACUUCGUGUGGGCUUAACGUACCUUCCUGAUAGCACUUUUGAUGAGGUCUAUUUA